AGCGUUGCCACCCUGAUUGUCGGAAAAUAGCCCACCAGCUGAACGUAACAUAAUAAAGUUGAAUGAAAAUAUAAUUAAAAUGCUUAAAAUAACACAACUUAUUGCUCGCAAUGCUACUGUUGCCAAUCUAGCAGGCAGUCGCCGUUUGCAACCACGUUUGUAUUCCAAUGCUGUUGCCGUCAAUGAGGAAGCAACAACAACAACAACGACAAAUGCAGCAACAAAUGCCGAUGAACCAAUUGAGAUGGCGAAUCCCUUUGAAAAGGAACCGCAACAGUGCAUUCUGUGCAAGCACAACAUCACACCCAACUUUAAGAACGUGAAGCUGCUCUCCCAAUUCCAAUCGCCUUACACGGGCCGCAUUUACGGUCGCCACAUUACCGGGUUAUGCAAGCAGAAGCAGCAGGACGUGGAGCAGGCGAUCUCUCGUGCCCAACACAGUCUGCUGAUGCCCGGCUACCACAAGGACGUUGAUUUUCUGCACGAUCCUAAGCUGUUUGAUCCCGAGAAGCCUGUGCGUCCGCACAAAUAUUGAGAAUGUUUGUUUAAUUGUUUUGAAAGUAGUGAAAAAUACAUUUUACUGCUAGUUA